UGAUGAUCUGGCAAGAUCGGCUGCUGAAGAUAAACGAACUUUUUGAAACCAUCAACCAUCUCAGUGUAUAGCAGAUCCUCUGGUUCUUUGAGCAUGGCUUCUGAAAUUGUUAAGUCCGCAUGGAAAGUGAUUCCCAUGUUCGAGUCCCGUUCGAUUCCUCUCACAGUCGACUUUUACACCAAGACGCUGGGAUUCGAGCUUGGCAGCGUCAAACCCGAGGACAAUGGAUCCGACCUAUAUUUCUGCUCUCUGGCCAUUGGCAAGAAGGCGGAUGCGAACUUCUAUUUCUUGAAAGUGACCCCUGAAACAUUCAAGUCAUCACAGGCGAUGAUCGGUCUGGGGACUCGCGAGCUCGACGAUUACUACGUCUAUUUAAAAAGCCAAAUCGGAGUGGUAUUUUCCGAGGACAUCGAAGACAAGCCUUGGGGCUUCCGUCAAUUUACAAUCAAGGACAACGAUGGAAAUUCGCUCACGUUUUUCAAGUUUCUGGAAGGGGGAAACCCAGGCGACGAGUAAUUUUGGGUGCUUAGCCUAGAGGUAUUGCCUGGAUUGAUGGACUUGCUACGUGAAAGUUCUUGAUCUGGUAGGAAGUCACUGGGGAUUAUGUGCACUAUUUAGAAAUGGAAUAUAUGAUUUGAAACUUCCCAUUUUUCAUAUCAGAAGUGAGGAAAACCUGAUGAUACUCUCAGACAGACAAACGCCAUAAAUCAAUGUUGUGUCAAGACCCUUCGUCAGU